AUGAGCAUACCUUCAGCAGGAUCUUCCUCAUCAGAUUCCCUCUUCCUUAAUCAAAUCAUUCACGAUAAUGACGACUGUACAAGAUGUUCUCUUUUUAAAUAUCUAGAUGAUGAUCAUUCCAUGUGCCUUACGAAUGAACAUCUCAAGAAUUCGGCAUCACAACCAUCAUUCUCAUCAUCAAUGAUAGAAAACAAAUCAUCACCUGGUGUUGUUGUACUUUGUUUUCAAUUAUUAAUGGUUCAAUUACGAAAUUAUUUGAUUCUUAAAAAAAUUACCUCCAUUACACAUUUACAUUUAGAGAAUAAUGAAAUUUCAUUCAUUGAAGAUGGAAUUCGAAAAUUACCUAAUAAUUGUCCUUUACUCUCAUUGCAAUAUUUAAAUUUGAGUCAUAACAAAUUGAAAUCAUUGAAUUUAUUUAAUUUAAUAAGACUCUUUCCAAAUUUAGAGUUUAUCAUGAUGAGAAAUAAUUUAAUAUCUCAAUUAAAUUCUCAUUCAAUACCAAUUUAUGGAAAUAUUAAAGUAUUGGAUUUGAGUGAAAACAAAAUUAAAAAGUUAGAUGGACUCUCUUCUCUCAAAUAUAGUUUACAAGUAUUGAAUAUUCAAAAGAAUGAAAUUGAAACAUUGAAUGACAUGUCUCAAGUAUUGGAAUUGGAACAAUUAACAAAUAUUGAUUUUAGAGGAAAUCCAAUUCAAUCCUUGGAAGAAGAAAAUUUGAUCUUUGAAGAAAUUUUAGAAAAGUGUAAUAAUGUUUGGUUCAUUAAUGGUGCAACGACAUUGGCAUGUCCAAUAAUGGAUCGAGAGGAAAGAGAUUUACAAGAAAUGAUAUGGACAAGGAGUGGUUUCCAUCCUUCAAGGAAUGGUUCUUUAUCUGAAGCUUGUCAUCCAUUGGAUUACCAUCAUGACCAUCAUAACCAAAAUGACCACCAGAACCAUCAGAACCAAAAUGACCAUCACACCCAUGACCACCAGAACCAUGAAAAUGGUCGUUUUCGAAUGGUGAAUAAUCAUCAAGUUCCUCUCAGGUACACUUCAAGUACACUCAGAACCGUCCAUUCUUCUCCUCAUGAUCACAGUCACCUUCAUUCAUCACUUCAUCAUCAUGAACCACUUGGACUACACAAACAUCCUCCUCACAAACAUCCUCACAACAAUAAGAACUCUCUCACACACAUCAACACUACCAUGAAUAAUACUCCCAUGAAUAAUACUCCCAUGAAUAAUACUCCCACUACCACGAAUACCACCACGAAUACCACCACUAGUAAUGAAGAAAAGAAGAGAAUUGCAGCUGAGGAACUUUUAAAUCGACAACACAGUUAUAUUGCUGAACAAUUGAAUGGACAAUCUCCUCCUUUUCACAACAUGAGAAUGAAUCGAUCAAGAGCAUCCUCCAUAACACCACUUUUAAAUGAUUCAGUAAUUGUGAAGAAUUUAUCGAAUUUUGCAAAGGUGAGAAGUAAAAGAAGUGACAGCUGUCCAUCCAUACCUUCUCCUCAGAAAGAAGUCUCAAAGAAAGAGGAGAAUCCUCUCAACAGGACCACGCAUGUAUUAUCUGCUGAGAGUAACAACAAGGAGAAUGAUCAACAAGUUCUAUCACCACAAACACUACCACCACAACAAAAAACACCACCUUCAGCACCAUCCAUUCUCCUCACCCAUUCUCUCUUUGAAAAAUUGCAUUCUGAAAAUAGAUCCUUAAAAGAAACAUGUUUAGAUCUAUCUCAUCAGAUCACGACUACUACUACUACUACUACUUCUAGUACUACUGCUACACAAGAGUAUGAUGAUGGGAGAGAUCGAUUAGUUUCUGAACAAAAAGAAGUAAUUCUCACACAAAACAAGAAUCAUAAUAGUUAUCCAGAGAAUCAUGAAAUAUCAGAGAAAGAUAUUCUUUCUUGUCAUGAAAUUUUGAAACAAAAUCCAAACAAUAGAUCCAUUUCCAUCAAAGAGAGAGCAAAACAAAAUAUGUUAAAAAGACUGAACAUGUAA